CCACAAUGCAUCGCAGGGCGAGAAGGCGCCUUCUGUGACUGGACCUGUUUUAUUGAAACUUCUGACCAAACAAGGCCGCUUUUGUUUUUGUGUCGGUUUUUUUUUUUUUUGCACCAAGGAUUUUAUCGUUAAGUGACUCCGACAUGGCUCCGUUUGGCCUGAUGACGGCAGCAGUUAGCCUGUUGGCUAAGUCCUUCAGUGGCUUCUCUUGGACGAGCACUGUAGUAAGGUGGAGGAAUAGUCUCCCAACUGCUCACAUCAACCAAGUGAAAUGUUUGGCCUCUCAGGCCAGUGGGCGUCCAAAAAGACCUGUGAACAGCUACAUGAGAUAUUUUAUACACCAGCGUCCUAUAGUAAAGAAAGAGCAAGCAAACCUGAAAAUAAUGGAUAUCGCGAAGAUUGUUGCCCAGCAGUGGAAAAAGAUGAGCCCGGAAGAGAAACAGCCUUUCAAUGAGGAGUUUCUUCAGGCCCGGCGGCAGUAUAACAUGGACCUCCAGCACUACCAGGCUCAGCUGACACCAGCACAGCGCAAACAGGAGGCGCUUGACAAGAGGCAGUCGAUCGACAAGAAGAACGCCAUCCGCAAGAAGAAGGAGUUACAGAUGCUGGGGAAGCCCAAACGUGCUCGCUCUUCAUUCAAUAUCUUCAUGUCUGAGCGGUACCAGGAGGCACAAGGAGCCACGCCGCAGCAAAGGCUGAAGUCUCUGCUGGAGAACUGGAGGAACCUGUUAAGUGAACAGAGACAGGUCUACACACAGUUGGCAGAGGAUGACAAGAUCCGCUACAAGAAUGAGCUGAAGUCCUGGAAAGACCACAUGCUGGAAAUUGGGCGAAGCGAUGUGAUCCGUGACGGAACUCGGCCCGCGACAAAACCUCGUAAACGUUCAGUGGCCAAGACAAAAUGAAGUGGGGCAGGUCUUCUGUGGCUAUGAAACCACAAACAGCUGGACGUUUGACAGGAACAUUUUCCAGGUCUGUGGAGUCACACUGACAGCAGAACACGGCUUUGUAUCGUCUGAGUCUGGACUCUGGACACCUCAGAAGUGUUUAUUGAAGACUGUUUUUUGUUUUGUAAAGGGAAGAACUUUUACUUUUGGCAAACACACAGUAAGAACCUGACUGAACCAUCGUUGGCACCAGCAUCAAACUGUGACGCCUGAUGCAGCAAAGACCACAGAGUGAAACUGAAGACCAUGUUAGUGUGAGACGCUGUAACGGUGUGUCAGAACUAAGAAGCUUUCACAGAAACAGCAUCAUGUCCCCAAAGACAAAGAUGGUCAUGUCUGAAUUCCGCCUCUUGUCUCUUUGUGCUCAUAUGAAGUUUUGUUCUUUGUGUUAGUUAUCAAGUUUGACUUUGAAAAUGUUCUUUUGCUUGCACAAGAAACAAAAUUAACCACAGGUUCAACCAGUUAUCUCCUGAAUAAACAUUUAGAUGAUCUUUUUGAAAGAAACAAAAGUAUUUUGGUGUCCGUCUGUCCGUCCUAAACAGACUGAGACCUGCUGGUGCUGGUGUGGGAGUCUAUGGUUCCUCUGGAUGGGGCCAGCCAAGAUCGGUCCUCACUGAGCUGCCUGGACUGAGACCAUGUAGAUUAGGUGUCUUG